AUAUAUUUAAAUGUAAGUUGUGUGACAAUGCAAUAUUAUGGUAGCACCGAGCUGAUCUGAUGACGGAUACAGGAGGUGAUCAUUAGAACUCUCUGAUAAAACAAUGAAAACUAAUUGUAUUGGGGUUUGUUAGAACUGUCUCGAUGAGUAUUAGUUACCUCUUGAAAGAAAGUACAGUUAGAGAUAAAAUCUAAGUAUCAAAUUUUUUUUUUGAUAACAAACUUGUUCCAGGAAUGUAGUGUAAUGUAGCCCGCAUGAGUCACAUUACGAAGAGCUCUCUCGAGAUGCACCUUGACUACCCCACCGGCCUACUAACCCUCUAGGCUAGACGAUGUAAGCUUACACAGCGCUCUAAGCGCUGCUGGGGGUUGCUACGUGCGCAAACCGAUUUCCCCCCAAAAUUCUACGUCAGUACGUAGAGGCACCCCGCGCGAGCCACCCGCUACGCUCCACCCUCGCGUGUCUUUUGUUUUUGCAGGCCAAUUUUCAUUAAUAAAAACCCAACCCUGUGAAUAAUAAAGAGGGUUAUUUUUGUAAAAAAAACUUGUUGUUUCGUUUAAAUUGUGCGUGUUUAUUUUUAUCUGUGCAACUUGAUGAGAUUAAGCUAAUCGUUUGCGUGUAUUGCCGUUUUUUGAAUGUGAGUGUGUGAAAAGUGCGUUUUUUGGAUUUGGAUGUGUUAUUAAUGAAAAACGGGCGCUAGAGUGAGUGCGUACGCGCCAUGAUCGCGUGCGUGCGCUGCGACAGCUGACAGGAGCUGCACCACGUCAUGUCCACCAAGAAGCACUCGCCGCAAACCAAGCGGUCCGAGGCGCUAAGCGGGCGGCUGUCGAAGUCGGCGUCCGAGCUCUCGUGCGCGUCGCCUGCGCCGCGGACGCCGCCGCCGCGCGCGCGCUCCGCGCACCACCACGCGCCGCUGUCUGUCGUGCAUCGCACGCAGCACUUCUUUACUAACCUGAAGAGCCGAUGGCAGCGCAGCAAAAGCAGAGAGCGGUGUCCGGCCGGCACGGCGUUCUCCCUGGCGCCCGGCCCGGACAGCAGCGGCACCGAGUACGCUGGCGACGGGAGCUCCGAGCACAGCACGCCGGCCAACUCCCCCAGGAGAGGCAAGACUGAUCUAUCGAUGAACCGGCAGGUGUCGACGGACCCGGCGCCGUCCACAUCGGGAACUCCCGCGCACUAUCCGAGACAACCGCCAGCGGAUCUGUUGCAAUUGGAACCAGAUGAAUCCCAAAGACACAGGGAACAGCAACUACGGCAAUACUCGUUCUUCCAGCUCAGGGUGCACCUGAAGCGAGGGCAGAACCUCGUGGCCAUGGACAAGAACGGCUUGUUGGCAGGCACCAGCGACCCGUAUGUCAAGUUCAAGGUGGGCGGGCGGAUGCUGCACAAGUCCAAGAUCGUGUAUCGGGACCUGAAUCCUGUGUGGGAUGAAUGCUUCACGGUGCCUAUCGAGGAUCCCUUUCAGCCGGUGCAGAUUAAAGUGUUCGACUACGACUGGGGUCUGCAGGACGACUUCAUGGGAUCCUGCCACCUGGACCUUACAGCCCUGGAGCUCGGCCGGACCCAGGACCUGGUCCUGUGUCUGCGGGACCCCAACAAGCCGCAGCAUGACAUGGGGGAGAUCGUGCUUAACGUCACGCUCUGGCCGAAGAGUCAGGAAGACAAAGACCAGUAUCUAUUAAAGAACACGCGUCUGAGCGACGUGAACAAAAGACUUAAGGCUCAGAUCUGGAGCUCGGUGGUCACCAUCGUGCUGGUGGAAGCCAAGAACCUCCCGGCCAUGGACAUGGACACGAGGUCUAGCGACCCUUAUUGUAAAUUUAGGUUAGGUAAUGAGAAAUACAAAAGCAAGGUUGUAUGGAAGUCCUUACAUCCGUCGUGGUUGGAGCAGUUCGACCUUCAUCUCUACGACGAUCAGGAGCAGAUACUGGAAGUCACUGUAUGGGACAAGGACAAACAGACCAAGGACGACUUCCUGGGAAGGUGUACAAUAGACCUGUCCCGCCUAGAACGCGAGAAGACUCACAGUAUGUGGCAAGACCUUGAAGAUGGGAAUGGGCAGAUCUUCUUGCUGCUUACCAUCAGUGGGACCACGCAAAGCGAAACCAUCACGGACCUCACAAGCUAUAAGGAGAACCCGAGAGAUAUACAGAUUAUAGAGAAGAGAUACACAUGGUACUAUCUGAACGAGCAAUCAAGCGGCGUCGGCUGGCUCUGCGUAAAGGUGUACGGAGCGAAGGGCCUGGCUGCCGCCGACUUGGGGGGCAAGUCUGACCCCUUCUGCGUGUUGGAGCUGGGUAACUCCCGGCUACAGACUCAUACGGAGUACAAGACGCUCGCGCCUAACUGGAUGAAGAUCUUUACUUUCACAGUGAAGGACAUAAGCUCAAUCCUCGAGCUAACAGUAUACGACGAGGACCACGACCACAAAGUGGAGUUUCUGGGCAAGCUGGCUGUACCACUGCUCAGCAUCAGGAACGGGGAGAAGCGGUGGUAUGCCCUGAAGGAUAAGAAGAUGAGGACGAGGGCGAAGGGGAACUACCCGCAGAUACUGCUGGAAAUGACUGUGAUAUGGAACCAGUUGAAAGCCGCAAUCCGAGUGAUAAACCCGAAGGAGCCGAAGUACAUGCACCAAGAGGCCAAGUUCAAGCGACAACUUUUUAUCCGUAACGUCAUGAGACUAAAGGCCAUCAUCAUGUGGUUUAUAGAGAUUGGGAAGAUUUUACAAGACUGUUUUGAAUGGGAGUCCCGCGUGCGCUCAUUCUUCGGGCUGUUGGUGUGGCUCGCCUUCUGCUACUACUACGAGAUGUGGAUGUUGCCCUUCCUCAUGCUGGUCUUCUUGACUAGGAACUGGCUUAUUUACAGGCUCACUGUUGAAUACGAAGACACCAGAAUAUUUCAAGCAUUUAAGCCGUAUUUGCCAAGAAUAAGGGGCAAUCCACUGCUACAACCAGUGGACGACGAAGACCUGCUAGCCGAGGAAGAUGACGAGGAAGAAGUGGAUAAGGAGGAGAAGAAAUCUCUAAAAGAGAGACUGCAAGCAAUACAGGAGGUGACGCAAACGGUGCAAAAUGCGAUCGGCUACGUCGCUUCAUUAGGAGAAGCUGUUAAAAAUUUAGCGAACUUCACGGUGCCAUAUCUUAGUUACAUUGCCAUCAUCAUGCUGUUCGGAGCGAUGGUGGUUCUCUAUGUGAUACCGCUGCGAUACUUGCUCAUGGCGUGGGGCAUAAAUAAAUUCACACGCAAAAUCCUCCGGCCACACACGAUACCGAACAACGAAGUUUUGGAUCUGCUAUCGAGGGUUCCGGACGAUGAGACUUUGCUGGACUGCCGCGAGCUGAAACCCCACUCCUCUGCCGAGCACCGCCGCGACGCGCGCAAGAAGCACAAGACGUCAUAACGCGGCACCUUGCGUCGUCGGCUCGCCGACUAUGUCGCCAAGUUGAGGGUUAGACUUUAGGAAACUUGCCACGGCUUUUGCAUAUGUAUUAAGGAAUAUUAGGACGAACUAAGUGGUGCAAAUUGUGCAAAAUAUUGCGAUAAAACUAGAUUUUCAAGUGUUAACGUAUUCACUGCCAGCGCGAGCUACGCGCUACGUUCGUAGUCACACGAAGAAACCCAUUUGUAGCGAAAAGUGCCUACGAACAGAGAGCCCACCUAGCGGGACGCUGGCAGUGAAUGUGUUAAAUUUGACAAUCUAAUUAUUAUUAAAAAAAAACGUAUGGCGCCGUACAGCAACUACUUAAUUCGAUUGUCAUAACACGUCUAUCUAUAGAUCGUGUCAUUCACGACGACGUGUGUCUUGACUCGUAAUAUCAUGUUAUUAAGGGUUAGGUUUGACAAAUCUGCGCGUCAUCGUGGAUGACACGAACGAUACAAUUGUUAUAGACAUAGAUACAAUAUGUUACACUUUGUGCGUCUUAUUGUUUCUUUAUCUAAGAUAUUAACCCUUUGAGUGCCAAGUGCAAUGCAAAUUAAGUGCCCCUAACGCCUCGUGCGGCGGUAAAUAUUGCACACUGUUAAGUGACUAUUCAUAAUCCUUAUUGCAUAGACACAAGGUCCACAUAAAGAUAGUUAAGAGUGUUGCCGUUACUAAACGUCCCUCGACGUCGUGGCGUGCGGAGCAAUCUCCGAGGACGUGAAAUGACGUAUUUGGCAUUCAAAAGGUUAAGGGCCGGUAAAGACGGACUGCAACUCGACUGCAACUUGUAUGGGAUGGGAACUGCAUGCCGACUGCACUCCAACUGCAACGUCGACGUGCAGUUCCCAUACAAGUUGCAGUCGUCGAGUUGCAGUCCGUCUGUACCGGCCCUAACAUAGAGUACACACCUUGAAGAAUUACCUCGCCAAAGUAAGUACCCCAUAAAUAUGGUAUAUUAAAUGUGUUCAAUAUCCCAAUAAUUUUAAGCGUUUUCACAGAUAAAUAAAUUAUCAUAGACAUGCGAACUCGAACCAGAAUUCAUGCCUAGCGAAAUCAUUAACCCUGAUGCCACUUAUUCUGGUCCUUCGGGUGUCUAUGGUUGGCUGUGGCCUUUCAAACAUAGUUUUUUGCCCCAGUCAAAAAAGAUCCGUGCGUAAAGCAAUCAAUGGGGUAGUUAACAAACUAGCACAAAAAUCUCAUAUAACUUUUAAACAGUAUAUACAUUAUAGCUCCUAGUUUUUUUUUACCUGUAAACAUUUUUUGUUAAACAUUUCAAAAGGUAUUCCAAGAAUCUCAUGACCUCGAAUAUAUUCCAUGCAAUAUAAAUAUUUGUAUGUGAUUUGUAAACCAAUUUGUAUUUAAUUCAAUCUAAGGUGCAUAAAUUUGUAUAAAUUUACCCGAAAGUCGUCCACAUAGAUAGAUAAUAAAAUCAUCUCUUGUCAUAUUUAUCAGCUUGAUCGCAUGAACAUGUUUAACUUUUUGAGCGCUCUACAUCAAAACUUUUUUGACACCACGCCAUUCAUGUAAGUAAAAGCAUAUAAGGUUCAAUAUCGCGUACCAAACUGCUAGCGUCUAGGGCAAUACUACAUAUUAGUGCACCACCAACGAAACCAAAAGGGCAUAAAAAGAGUCACUUACAGUAACAUAUUUGGAUUUAUAUCCCAAAUACUUUAACAUGAUAAAGUGACCUUGAAGAACUUUUCUACCUAAUUUUUAAUCUGUGUUUUUUUUACUUACACCAUGGAACGUUUACCUAUUUAUAAACUUGACAUUUUCUGCGGUAGUCAGAAAGGUCUUUAAUAGUAGAAUGUUAUUAAUGUUAUUAUUAUUGAGUUACAAUAACAACAAUAUUUCCAACACUUAUUUAACAACAUAGAGACGAUCUCGCAUAUAUUUUCAUUUCCCAAGGUUUAGAUAUUCUACUUAAUUCAAAUUAUUGACACAAAUUAGGUUUAGGUAGUCAGUUUAGAUUGACAAUUUGAUUGUGAAUAAUCGAAUAAUAUAAAUACAAAUAAUGUUAAAAGAAAUGAGCAGGAUCGGACAGAAAAUAUUAAUAUGUAAUUAAUGUAAAAUAUAUAAUCCAAAAAUAGGUUUGAUAUGAAAAGAAUAAACGUAUAAUGUGUUAAGUCUGGUCAACUUUUGUCACAAGAAUUAAGCGGGAAAUUCAAUUAUUAUAAACUAUAAUCUGGCAAAUCAACUUCGUCAGUAGAAAAAGACCGUCGCGCGUACAAUUUUUAAAUUUGCCGCCUUUUCUACUGACGAAAUGGCUUUCCAGACUAAGCUUCUUAAUGUCCCGCCUUUUUCUAAUGAUAGCAGCACAGCUAGCAGGACUUAAAUUUAAUUUACUACCAAUGGUAGAUUUAUCUUAACACGCUGCAUAGUGCAUGGCCACACCGGCAGUGCGGAAGAAAUUGAAUUCUAUAGUUAAACUUCCUUCUCAAUUUAGUUAAGGCACACCACGCUUCGACAUAUUUAAAUUCGAUUUUUUUUAGAAAGACGGACAGAUGAAUUAUAGCUGAUCAAACAGAACCAUAGGUAUGAAUGAAGGCGUUUGGACGUACAAAAAAUAACCACCAAGUUUAGAUUUAUGGUGAACAAUAAAAAAGAAAUGCAUAAAAAAAUGAUUUCCGCACCUCCCGAUUUGAUCGGUCACAUUUUUUUUAUAGAAUCAAGUGUGAAGCGAGUUAAAUUAUUUUUUAAUUCCACACUUUUAAAUUGGCAAAUUAUUUCGGUUUUGCGAAAAGUUUUCCCGUCUGGACACUGCUUGGGCCAAAUAGUCUUGUCCGAACCAUCGCACAUUGCCAGUGCCAGUGGCAAAAGUCCGUUUCUUCCAAAGUUUUCCAUUUAGAUACGAAAUUAAUUUUAAGAUUGAUUUUUAUACCUAUUUUAAGUAUCAAAGUUAUCUUAGAAAUUUCUUAUACGCUAUAUUAAUAAUUUAGUGAGAUUGCAUUUAAAGUAAAAUUUAUAAAAGCGAUAAAUUAAUAUUAAAGAUAUAGAUAGGGAUUUUAAUAAAAAUUACACAAAUUUUGUAUCAAAUGUUAUAUGUAUUAGACAUUUUGUUAAGUUACUGUUGAAAAUUUAAACAAAUAGUUGUCAACUCAAAAGUAAGUAAUAAAUAAUUUAUAGAUGUAUUGUAUGUAUGUAUAUAGAAAUGAUUAAAAGUAACUAAAUUUGUUUACAAUACCGAUAGAUAUUUUGAGGAAACGUUAAGAGCAUCAAACUAUAAAAUAAAUAUGGAAUCAGAUAACAUAAGUAGGUAGGUCUAAAUAUUUUUUUGUCUAGCCAUCUUUUUGUCCCGAUCUCAAUGUUUAGUAGAGAUAGUAAUUAUUAACUACAAAAUAAACACUGUUAUUUUACCUUUAUGACGGAUAUCCAAUCUCAUCAAUAAACUUGACGCUUUUUCAGAAACAUAGACUAAUAGUUUUUUUCACCUUCACUGUCAUUAAUUUAAUAUUCUUUUGUAAAUUAUUAUUUUUUAGUCUCACUUGCCGCAGUGCCAAUAAGGUUUCCUUUAGUAUUUUGCAAGUAUUGAAAUUAAAAAAAAGAUAAUGUUUUACUAAAUUGAGGCAGGGCACGAUACACGUUUCUGAAGUAAUUUGGAAAAAAUCAACAACAUUUUUUUUAAUUGUAUGGGUGAUGUGACGUCCCAGCUUUUCUUAAUUUUCCGUCAAUUUUCAGUGACGAUAACGAUUUGUUGGACUAUAGCUUGCAUAAAUGUAAAAAAAAAUGUUAACAAUGUUUACAUAAUAUAAUAUUUUAUGGGCUGUAAUGUCAAUGUUGUAACUUCCGAAUGCUUAGGGCUGUGUAAUGAUUAAACAUCUAAGUAAGUGCUUCAUCUAACCCCGGUUUUCCAUAAGCAUGUUUGUAUUAACAUUAUUUUAAAACGGGUCACUCAUUCAUUAAGUCUAAUAAACGCUCGAUAUGUUUGACAUGUCGUUUUAAAAUAAUUUUAAUAUGUUCGAGUCUCACGGGAGUUCUAUGUUGGUGUUUGAAGACUGAACCCCAAAAUUAUAAGGCAUUAUAACGUAUAAAAAGAAGAACAAAUGUAAGACUGUUACGGAUUUGAAGAACCGGAGUAAAUAUGUAACAAUUACUAUCUAUCAACCAGUGUUGGCCGAAACGUUAAUGCAAUGAUCAUUAACCAUUACUAAUUGAACCGUCAACUGUAACCGUCCGUUACGGUUCAAUGUGUAAUGGUUGAUGGUCAAUUGCAAUUACCGUUCGGCCAACACUGCUAUCAACUACAUUCCUUUACAUUGUAUUUUGCUUAAAACUGUAUAACUUAGUAGACGCUACGUGAAAUUUUAACCUCUACAUUAGCACAGAUGUUUAAUAUUGUCAUAUCUUUGAAAUCUAUCUAGGAAAAUAAUUGAAAUUUUUUAUCUAUACUAGCUGAAUGUCUUAUUAUAGUACAAUUUGGUACCUGCUGAUUCCUCUCUUUCUUCAAUCAUAGUAUUUAUAUGCGAAUCUCAUAAUCUUGAGCUAAUUAUAUCUAAAAUACAUUUCAAUUUAUAAUUAUUUAAUUGUAAACGAUGCGCUUUAUUAUUAUUAUUUUAAAAUAUGAUAAUCUUGCACCCUCCGAUUAAAACUAGUAUUACAAAUUAAAUAUGUCAAAAGACCUAUCGUUAUAAUCGAAAUUACGUUACUUUCCUCUCUAUCGCUCGAAUGCUCAAGAGUGAUAGAGAGGAUAACGAAAUUUAAAUUUCGGUUUUAACGGUAAGCCCUCAGAAGCCGACAAGAGAAACAAAAUAUGUAUUAUCGACUAUUAAUAAUUUGAUUUUAUUAUAAAUUAUUUUCUUUUCUUGAUUUAAUUUCGUGUUCUAUUUUCGAAUACUUUAGUACAGCUUUCUAUCUGUUCUAGUCAAUUGCUUAAAAAAUAUUAAGUUCCUGCUACUGUGUAUGAUAAGAACAUUAUUUUUGUGAGAGCACGGCUAGAGCACUAUUUUAUAUAAUGUACUAAGUUAGCACUAAAGCACUGUUUCAGCGUUACAUUAUUUACUGUGUAAAACAGCUGCAUAAAAAAAGAUGUGAUAUGUAAUGUAUAAGUUUUUUAAAAUCGAACAGAAUAUGAUUUGUGUUAAUAAUAA